AUGCGAACUGUGUUGGGUGACUGUCUAUGUUCUUACAACAUCUAUACAUACGAGGACUUUGCCUACCAAUGGCCAUGGUUGGCUUUUAGUAGGUACGUAGAUCGGCAGCGUUACACUCGAAAAGAACACAUAAACAAAGAAAGACCGCCUCAAGUGCACACGCCGCAGAUACUCGUAUGCAAUGCAUGGGUGCAAAAGAGGCCAUCAACCAUC